AUGGCCAAGGACAAGGAGCGGGCCAUCAACCCUGCGGCGCAGCAGCGGAAACAAGACAAGCAGAAGAGCCUGAAGAAGGGCAAGGCAGAGCAAUUGGCUCGCCGGAAUGAGAAGCUGGCUCGCCGCAACCCCGAUCGACUCCAGCGACAGAUCAAUGAAUUCAAAUCGAUGGAAGAGUCGGGUCAGCGACUACGGCCGCGCGACAAGGAAGUCCUGGAAGCACUCGAGCGGGAUCUACGGGCGGUUUUGAAAGCCCGGGAAGCGUUGGGCGAUAAGGCACCCAAGUUCAGCCAAGGCGGGCGGGACGAGAGGGGAGGAGACCAUGUCCUGGGCAAGCGGAGACGAGACAAUACCUUUGGUCGACAAGAAGAAAGCGAUGGAAGCGAGACGGAUGAGGAUGUGCGGAGGAUACCAAUGCCGCGCGAUACGCCACCACCCAUCCCCCGCGAGCACCAGCGGAAGCGAGGCCCGACACAGAAUGAAGACUCAGAGCGCCGCGGGCCCCACGCCCUUCCGUCUAGGCCACCAGUGGUUGAAGCAAAGACGGUCUACGAGGCGAAGCCGGAGAUUCGGGACUUGCGACAGGAGGCUGUUAAUAAAUUCGUGCCCGCGGUGGUCCGGAUGAAACAAGAUUCCAUCAGAGGUGCGGGUAAAUUGCUGGAGCCCGAGGAGAUGGAUAGGCUCGAGAAGGCUGGGUAUACGGCUGGGCCAACUGGGACGAAGCCAAGUACCACGACAGAACAAGAUUCUACUGCCGAGGAGCUGCGUUUAUUAGAAGAGGAAGAGAGACGGUUUAACCAAGAGAUGAAGAAGCAUGCUCACAUGGAAGAGGUUGAAGAUGAAGAGGCGUAG